GAUGGAUGCUCCCAAAGAAAUUCAGCCUGCAGGAGAGUUCACUUGCCAGCUGUGUGGCUUAACAGCUCCCUACACAUACUAUGGGCAGAAGCCACCAAACACACAGUCCCUUGUGAUUUUGGAAGAAAGCUACGUCAUGAAGGAUCCUUUCACUCCUGACAAGAGCAAGUUCCUCAUCCUCGGCUCUCACUGCAGUUUGUGUAGCAGAGUGGUGUGCGUUGGUGCGGAAUGUAGCCUGUUCUACUCCAAAAGGUUCUGCCUGCCUUGUGUGAAGAAAAACCUAAAGGCCUUCCCUUUGGAAAUACAAGAAGAUAUGGAGAAAAAGAAGUCCCAGCAAAAAUCCUUGCCUAGUGGAAAAAUGGAUGCAAGAACAUAAAUACUGAAGAACCAAGAGAGGGAGUUCUCUGGCUGGGGUUUCUCCUCUCCUUUUGGAGGCUAUCAUGUUGCUCCUUUUAAAGAGGUGACCUUCAUCAGCUGGCUGCUGCACAGCACAGUAGCACCGUUCCUUGGAGCUGGCUGGGCUCCCAGCAUUAUCAAGCAGCGAGUGCAGGGCCAGCAGCACAGCCUCAAAAGUGGUGAAGAGCCAUAAAGCAAGGCAGCCAGGCCUGUUGUCACCACAUACAGCACAGCACCAACCAGGACAGGAACCAUGGCUGAGUAUUCACAUUUGGGGCUUUGUUCUUGAUAUGCUGCAGUGUUAGGAAAAUCUGAUACAGAUUUAUCUGGCUUAUUUCAGGGCACAGUGACUGAAAUCCAACAAGGACAAUCUAGAGUCUCAUGUGUGGGAAAGAACAAGCCCAUGGACUAGUAGAGGUUGGGGGCUGACCUCUUGGAGAGCAGCUCUGGGGAAAAGGACCUGGGGGUCCUGGUGGACAGCAGGAUGCCCAUGAGCCAGCAAUGUGCCCUUGUGGCCAAGAAAGCCAAGGGCAUCCUGGGGUGGAUUAGAAGGACUGUCAUUUAGUAGGUGCAGAAAGGUUCUCCUGCCCCUCUGCUCUGCCCUGGUGAGGCUGCAUCUGGAAUAUUGUGUCCGGUUCUGGGCCCCUCGGUCCAGGAAGGACCUCAGGAAACUGCCUGAAAGAGUCCAGCACAGAGCCACAAAGCUGCUGCAGGCAGUGGAACAUCUCCCUGUGGAGAACAGGCUGAGGGAGCUGGGGCUUGGAGCAGAGGAGCCUGAGGGCUGCCCUCAUUGCUGCUGAUAAAG